GCGUGUGCGGGAGGCUGUCAUUCCAUCGAACCAAACCCAAAAUACAGACCAAAUCAUGCUUCAACGUCACCUUGUUGCUUGUUACUCCCCAAACUUUCACACAUGACACAACUACUCAAGAAGAUAACUCCCACGAUUUCCAAUAAAUGCAGAUUGAUUUCCCAUUUACAGUAAAGCCCAAAUCCCACAACCAAAAUGGUCAAAAUCUUCCCUGGCGCCAUCACCCACAAGCUCGGAUCAAAACCAAAACCGUUUGGGAAAUUGAAUUUCGAAUACCAACACUGUACAAAACAACAUUGCUGAGAUAACCGUCUUCUAAAGUAACGACUCUCACUCCCACACCUUUCCGUUCUCUGCGUGUCACUCUGUUUUCCCAUCCACGUUUUCUCUAGACUUCUCUCCUCCCCAUAUUCCACCACCUGUUAAAACCAGCAUUUCGUGCUUUUUGGGUGCUAGUUUGUUUGCAAGUAUUUGCAGGAAUGAGGCUUUAUGCGUACGUGUUGGAGGGUAGGGACUUGUGUGUGGAGGACUCCUAUGUGAAGCUUCAGCUGGGGAAGUUCAAGUCCAAGACUAGAGUGUUGAGGAGGAGCAGAAACCCGGUUUGGAAUGAGGAGUUUGCGUUCAGGGUUCAUGACAUGGGUGGUGAGCUCAUUCUCUCUGUACUUCACCAUGAUGAUGACUCCGGAUUCUUCAACUCCUCCAAUGAAUUAGUGGGUCGUGUUCGUAUUCCUGUUUCGGCGGUGCUAGCAAAAGAGAAUCAGACCUUGCCGCCCACUUGGUUUUCUCUUGAAAGGGGUAGAAGUGGGAAAUUUAUCAGCAAGGAAUAUGGGAAAAUUCUUCUUACUAUUUCUCUGCAUGGAAGAAGUCAAGACACUACUGCUGAUCACCCCCAAUAUGCACAUUCAAGGGUCAAAACUAGGGACUUGAAAGAAUGGGAAGGACUAGUUGAAUCUGAAGAUAUUGUCAGCUCCAAGACUUCAACCUGGAAGGUUCCAGAAGGGAAACAGUUGAUGAAGGCUAUUGCGAGCCGCUUAGAGAAGCUGCUCGGUAAGAAUGAGGAAACCUCAAAAAUGGAUGACUCCUCAGAGGUAUCCAGUAUACCUUCUGAUUAUGAGGAUUGCAUCGAGGAACAACGACCCUCCUGUUGUAGCUUUGAAGAAGCUAUUGAGUUGAUGCAGUCUAGGAAUGGAGAACAAGAAAUGCCAGAGAACCUGCAGGGGGGCAUUCUUCUUGAUCAGACUUAUAUUGUGGCAUCUAAAGUUCUUAAUAUGCUUCUCUUUGCACCCAAUUCACAGUUCAGGCAAGAUCUGGCAGAACUUCAGAGAACAACAAACAUGAAAGAGGGGCCUUGGACUUGGAAAUCAGGGGAGUUGUCAUGUUUAACACGAGUUGUUAGCUAUACACAAGCUGCAACGAAAUUAGUCAAGGCUGUUGACGCCUUGGAGGAGCAAACAUAUAUUAAAGCAGAUGGUAGAGAAUUUGCUGUCUUGGUAAAUGUGGAUACUCCAGAUGUUCCAUAUGGAAAUUCAUUCAAGGUUAAGUUGCUUUACAAAAUAAUGCCUGGACCGGAGCUAUCUUCAGGAGAAGAAUCCUCUCAUCUUGUAGUGUCCUGGGGUCUGAGCUUUUCCCAGAACACAAUAAUGAGAGGCAUGAUUGAAGGAGGAGCUCGGCAGGGAUUGAAGGAGAGUUUUGACCAGUUUGCAAAUCUGCUUGCUCAGAAUUUUAAGACACUGGGUUCCAUAGAUUCAUUAGACAAAGAUCAGAUGUUGGCAACUUUGCAAACAGAGCCACAGUCAGAUUGGGAGUUGGCAACUGAGUACUUCUGGAAUUUCACUGUAGUUUCUGCCUUUUUUAUGGUCAUUUAUAUCCUGGUGCACAUUCUACUCUCUGUUCGUAGUGAACAACAAGGUUUGGAAUUCAGUGGUCUUGAUUUACCUGACAGUUUUGGGGAGCUUAUCACUUGUGGAAUUCUAGUCAUUCAAUUGGAGCGUGUUUAUGCCAUGAUAUUACAUUUUGUGCAAGCUAGAUUCCAAAGAGGAAGUGAUCAUGGUGUCAAAGCCCAAGGUGAUGGAUGGGUGCUUACUGUUGCAUUGAUCGAGGGGAUUAAUUUAGCUUCCUUGGAUUCAACUGGGUUGUCAGAUCCCUAUGUGGUUUUCACCUGCAAUGGUAAAACAAGAACAAGCUCUGUCAAGCUUCAAACUCAUGAUCCUCAAUGGAAUGAGAUACUUGAGUUUGAUGCUAUGGAAGAGCCUCCUGCAGUGCUCGAUGUGGAAGUUUUUGAUUUUGAUGGCCCAUUUGAUGAGGCAGCCUCACUUGGACAUGCUGAAAUCAAUUUCCUAAGACAUACUUCUACAGAACUGGCAGACAUGUGGGUCUCCCUUGAAGGAAAGCUUGCUCAGUCAUCACAGUCAAAGUUACACUUAAGAAUUUUUUUGGACAAUAACAAUGGAGUUGAAACAAUUAAAGAGUAUUUAGCAAAGAUGGAAAAGGAAGUUGGAAAGAAGAUAACCCUCCAGUCACCUCACAGGAAUUCAACGUUUCUGGCACUGUUUGGAUUGCCACCAGAAGAAUUUCUUAUCAAUGACUUCACAUGCUACCUGAAGCGAAAAGUGCCUUUGCAGGGUCGACUCUUUCUGUCUGCAAGAAUUGUUGGGUUUUAUGCCAACUUGUUUGGACACAAAACCAAAUUUUUCUUUCUUUGGGAGGAUAUUGAAGAUAUUCAAGUUCAUCCCCCAUCCCUAGCAUCUUUGGGUAGCCCUUCGCUGGUGAUAAUUCUGCGGAAAGGUCGAGGUCUUGAUGCUAGGCAUGGUGCAAAGUCUCAAGAUGAAGAAGGAAGGCUGAAAUUCUAUUUUCAAUCAUUUGUGUCGUUCAAUGUAGCCAGCAGGACGAUUAUGGCCUUGUGGAGAACAAGAACAUUGACCCCAGAGCAGAAAGCACAAAUUGCAGACGAGCAGCAGGAUGAAGAUGGGAGUUCUCUUGUUCUUGAAGACCCUGGAUCUGUUUUCAAUGUUGAAGAGGCAAAGAUGUCCAAAGUUUACUCUGCGGAACUCCCUAUUGAUAUAAAAUCACUGAUGGAAAUGUUUGAUGGAGGAAACUUGGAGCACAAAAUUAUCGAAAAGUCAGGCUAUCUAAAUUACAAGGCUACUGGUUGGGAAACUGUAAAGCCUGACCUAUAUGAACGACAUCUCUGUUUCAAAUUCAACCGCCAUGUCUCAAUCUUUGGAGGGGAAGUUACCUGCACACAGCAAAAAUCUCCUAUUGGAAAUGACAAUGGUUGGAUUCUGAAUGAGGUUAUGGCUCUACACGACAUCCCAUUUGGUGACCAUUUCCGGGUACAUUUUAGGUACCAGAUUGAGAACUUUGGCCUUGCUCCUGGUAAAUGUAAAUGCGAUGUCCACAUGGAGAUACUGUGGCUGAAAAGCACGGUUUUCCAGCAGAGAAUCACUAGAAACAUAACCGAAAAGUUCACGCGUAGAUUGAAGGAAAUGAUUGAACUGGUUGAGAGAGAGGCUCUACUGAAUUGCCCACAAGAUAGUUCCCCCUGAAGUAAAGUGCAGAGUGGUAGCAAUUGGAAGAUGCUCAACUACUUCUGGUUGAUAGUGUUCAAAGUUCACAGCCAUCAAUGGGGUUCACAUUUUUUACUCUCUGCCUCAUUUUUUGUAUUCUAAUGUUACGUGAAUGUGAUCAUAAAGCAUUCCUUAGUUGUGAUUUUUACACUCUAAACCCGAAAUCCUGUUUCAGAAAUGAUAUUAUCAAGUCCUUAAUCCAAUAAAAAAUUGUGAACUAGUAAAUUUUA